AUGCUGCGCCAGGCUAUCCAAGGAGCCCGAUGGUGUCAGCAUGUGGCACGCAGCCCAUCGACACGCGCUUCACGCCGGGCCUUCUCCGUCCUAACUCCGCGGCGUCUUGAUUUUGGCGGUCCAAACGACAAAGUCACCUUCUAUGAACAAGAGUCCCCCGAGAGCAAAAUCCGACGCAAAGUUGAUCCCGAAGCGGAAGAUAAUGAGGAGCGAGAGAAAGUCAAGAAGGAGCUCGCGAAGCUCCAGGAUGAACUGAAGGUCUUGGAGGAGGGACCUUUUGCCCCCAACAGCCCUUUCAUCAAGAGUUUGCCCGAAGAAGAUAGGAGGGUUGCUUUGGAAGCUCUAAGAAAAUAUGACGAGGAAAAUCCCAAGCCCGCGGACCAGCCUAGGUUGGAUCAGGUUUUCGACCAAGAGCUUGAUGAUAUGCUUCGGGAGGAAUUUGAGGGCCUUGCAACGGAAGAAGAAAAUUGGGAGGAUGGCGUCAAGCAGCGGCGCAGUUUAGCUGCCAAACAGUCUGCUGCCGCGAAGCGCGCAGGCGCAGAAUCCCAUCCCUAUGCUACUAAAUUCAACAAUUAUUUACGACAACUCCAAGAAAAGAUGUCGGAUGAGCAGGCUCGACAAGAAUUGUGGAAGUGGUAUCGACGAUGCAAACAGACCAUCCCAGGUUUUUUGACAAUAAUGCCUGAGAGAGCAUUCGACACAAUAUGGGAUUCGCAAGCAAUGGGAGAGCACGACCAGGCGACCCGAUCAACACAUUUGAAAAUUCUGGCCCAGGACGCUGCAUCUAUCGGCCAGGCCCUUGCUACGCCUCAGAUUCUGUCGUAUAUUACAUCUCUACAUGAAAGUGGCUCUACCAAUCUUGCACUGGAGCAGUGGGAGGCAUACCAGGCAGAGCUGUCCCAAAAAAAGGAAGACUUGGAAGAAUAUUGGAAACUUGGAGUACGAUUAUUUGCAGCAGACAAUAACCCCCAACGAGCCCAGGAUAUUGCUUUGGCUUUCCUGGCAAACGACCGAACUCGUCAGCCACGCGUGCUCAUUCCUGUCAUUACAGCAUGGGGAAGGCUUCCUGGAAAGGAAGCCGAAGUGAAGGCUUGGGCGCUUUAUCUGCAACUGAAGACAUUCUUGGGUUCGGAAAUGACCAUGGAUGAUUACGAUCAGAUCAGCAUUGCCCUGCUGACAGCCGGCCGAUUGGAUACCGCGGUCGCAAUCUUCAAGGAUAUGAUGGUCACUGGAAAAGACCCGGCUAACGACUCAACUGCUUUGUACAAGGCGGCUUUAGGCCUGGCGGGUAACCUUCAUGCAUCUAGUAUCAAUGAACAUGAAGUGAACAAAGUCUCCUUGUCUGCUCUCAAGGUGCUACCUCGUCAGUUUCAAAAUCGAUUUUUCUAUGCAAGCUGGAUGAAAAAGCUCAUCGGCAUGGGCGAGGUCGAUUCGGCUGCUCUGGUCAUCGAACUCAUGUAUGAACGAUGUGUCAAGCCCGAUACCAAGCAUUUGAAUGGAAUCAUCGCGGGCUGGCUCCGUGACGGAAACACAACUGCACGCGAUAAGGCGGAGCGACUUGGGUGGGCCAUGAUCCAAAAGCGCAUCGAUAUUGUAUGGAAGCGAUUUCAAACAGCUGAGAGUUCCCCCCAACUUCAAAUCAGACAUGAAGAGACCAAAUCUGUCCGCAUGCCCCAAUUUAUGAAGAGAGGCGUCCCGCCUGCGAGCAUUGAGACAUUUUCCAUUCUUCUUCUUCAUUACACACGCCGGGGUGAUGAUGAUAUGGUCAAAUACUUGGCCAAGUGCCUUGGAGAUGCACAGAUCAGGCCAAACUCUUACUUUAUGAACCAUCUUCUAUACGCGGAACUCCGAAAGCAAGACGUGAAAACACUCUGGACCAAGUUCCAAACUAUGUCUGCCGCCAUCCGACCUGACGUGGAAACAUAUGCCUGCCUCUGGGAUUGCGCCAAGCUCCAAUACGACCGUGGACGUACUGCUUUCGAUGUGGGAUUCCCAUCAGCACGUCACCUCUAUGCGAACAUGAUGUCUUGGUAUUCCCAGUUAUCUCCUCGCGCCCAACAGACUGCACAGGCACAGAUGCCCAAAGCUCUGUUUGAUCAAAUUGUGCGAUGUUUCUGUCUGUCCAAGGAUAUCUCUGGGACGUUAGUCGUCAUCCACUCAAUGCAUUCGGUAUUUGGUUUUGUGCCAGACGACACUACCGCUCGUAUGAUAGUACUUCAGAUUGCGCGACUGGCUGGUGUGCCGGCCGAUACGCCGAAACGACGCCUCCGUCGCUUGUCUUCGACACCACGAAGCAAAGAGAAUAUUGGGCAAGUCAGCCGCCUCUUGCAAUUGUUGGGUGAUCGCAAAGCAGAAAACCUAAGAUUGCGAGGUUUAAGUCUCGAACAAUUGGAUCCACAUGAGAUGGAACAGUAUCAACUGGAGAUCAUGGCUAGUCUGCUACGUAUUGUGAUGAGUCGAGCAGACGCCUUGGAUCCAGCUCAAGUCGAAAGCAAACUCAAGAUAGCGGCGAAGGAGAUGUUAGCCGAACAGAUCGACUUAGGGUUGCCCUUGGGAGUAGAUGAUAGCAAGCUUUUGUAA